AUGGUAGAAUUCGCCGGCCGCAGUGAGUCCAUCUUCAUCGUCACCAUUAUCUUCCUCGUCAUUUCUCUGGUCGCCGUGUGUCUGCGAUGUUUUGUCCGGAUAAGGCUGGUACGAGCCUUUGGGUGGGAUGAUGGGUUGAUGGUUGCUGCGAUGGUCGUGAAUAUCUUGUUUGCAUUAUGUGGAAUUGUGGGACCGAUCUAUGGAAUUGGGCAGACCUUUGAACAAUUGGAUAUGGUGCACAACUUGAAGAAAGUCCAAAAGGCUAUGUUUUGGUGGUGGCUCGGUCAAAUGUCCUACGUCAUCGUCGUUGUCCUCGCGAAAGUGUCGAUUGCGCUUGCUCUCCUACGUCUCACUGUCGCAAGAGUACACGCCAUUAUUCUCUGGGUCAUUAUCGCCUUUUCCAUCGUCAUUGGACUCGUCUUCUGGUUCAUGUUGACCCUACAAUGCACGCCGGUUUCGUACUUCUGGGAGAGAACAGGGUCGGGAAGCUGUAUAAAAACCGACUACCUUAUCGACAUUGCCUACUUGUACAGCGUGGUGGCUACGGUUUGCGAUUUUACACUUGCUCUCUUGCCUAUUGUGUUGGUGUGGAAUCUGCAAAUGACUACCAAGACAAAGGCUGCUUUGGCGGGUAUCCUUAGUAUGGGUUGCGUGUCCAGCGCAGCAGUCAUCGUCCGCAUCCCAUAUCUCCACUACUACAAAGACCCUGACUUCCUCUACGCAACAACCGACAUCUCUAUCUGGUCCAACGUCGAAGCCGGCCUAGGCAUCACAGCCGGCUCCCUCGUCACCCUCCGCCCUCUCUUCCGCUGGUUCCGCGGCGACAGCUACGCCCGCACCUACGGCGCAAAGCCCACAACCGGCAGCAUCCCCCUCUCCAGCAUGAACGGCAACCUAACCAACAGAUCCCGCAAUGACCCCAACAACAAUCACUACUGGCGCUCGGACCUAGUGCCGGAUAACGCGCAGGCAAUGGCCAUCACGACUCAUGGGAGCAAGGGAAGUAGUCAGGAGUCGUUGAAUCCGACGCAGGGGCAAGGGCAUGGUCAUGAUCCGGGGUAUCAAGGGAGGGGGGUUAGUGUUCAAAAGUCUUUUUAUGUUUCGACUGAGGUUGUAUAG